AUGGGGAGAAGAAAGAUCGAAAUCAAGGCGAUCAAGGAUGACAGGAAUCGUUCGGUGACAUUUCUCAAGCGCAAAGGUGGUCUUUUCAAAAAGGCGCAUGAGCUUUCCGUCCUCUGUUCCGUCGAUGUCGCAGUCAUAAUCUUUGGGAAUAAUAAGAAACUGUACGAGUAUUCGAGUAGCGAUAUUGGAGAGAUUUUGACACGAUACCAAUACUAUGGAGGUGCCAAUGAACAUAAAGGCCCAGCCGAUUUCACAGGCAAAGGAAAAGAUAUGGACGACGACGACGAUGAUGAUGGAUCGGGACCCUCGCAUCACGGCUCAGAACCACCACAAAUGAUGCCUCCUCAUCCAUACCCAAAUCAAUCAUUCCAUCAAAUGCGACAAGCAACACCGUCUGCUUCUCCGCCAAUUCCAAAUGGUGUUUUCCCAAUUCACCCACAACAACAGCGACAACAUACCCCACAACCACAACAGGGCUCCCGUCCUUCAUCGAGAAAUGGAAACCUCCCAAGAAGGCAGAGCUCAAAUCUGGUUCCUGCACAACAUCAACACCCGCAACAUAAUGGAUUUGCCUAUCACCCUCAACCUGCUAUCUACAACCCACAAAAUACACCACCUCUUCCUUCUCAUCAUGGACUUCCACAACACAUGCAACAAGGACAACCGAUGCAAGGUCCUCCUCAGGUCAUGCAGCAACCUGGUCCACCACCUCAAUAUCCUAAUUACGGCCCGCCACCACAACACCAGCAGCAACCUCCUCCAAAUCAGCAACAACUACAGCAAAUGUAUAUUGAUGAGCAGAGGAGAGCUUCCGUGCCGCCACCAAAUUAUCCUCCACAGGAUCAACAGCGCCCACCUUCCCGUCCAAGUGUUUCGCCUCCUCAACCACAACCACAGCAAAUACCACAACAUCCACCUCCACCGCCUCAAAUUCAAGCUCCUCCACCACAAGAGGAAGAAAGGCAUCAAGAACAGCAACCUCGGCCCCCACCGCAACAUCAAAUGUUGGAACCGGUGAAACGCAUGUCUGUUAAAUCAAGGAGUAUUUUCACACCGAUCGAUGAAUCGAGGUCGAUUCUGUCUCAACAUUGGGCUUCUUCAACUUCAAACGCCGAGCCUUUACGGAGUCCGCCGUUACCAUUGUCAAACACUCGAUCACAAUCGAUGGAUGUUGGGGCUGUGGCACGCGUAAAGAUUAGUAAUUCUCCACCGCCCCCAGUACGGGCAAACACCCAUACCAAGAACCGUGUCUCGGUCAAUUCCGUGGACAGUUUCACGCCUCCAUCCAGAACAAAUUCUGCUCAGAUGGGAAGCAUGAAACGUCCCGUUUUGAAAGUACAUAUUCCCGACGUGGAUUCGGAGGCCGAACAAAAUACAGCAGACUCAAAUUCGGAUCCUCGGUCAUCGGCAGAUGCCAAUGGUUCGAAUCCUCAGCAGAACAGUCGUUCAGACAGCCACUCCGGCGUCGUCCUCCCGCCACCCUCACCGUCAGCAUCAGCAUUACUAUCAGCCGGUGCCUCAGGCCCACCCAACCCCUUCGCGCGUCCACACCACCCCGUCUCCCAACCCUCACAAAACUCAAAUACGAGUAACAACAUGAUCGACACGCCCGUCUCGGCCCUCCCCAGCCGAUUCAUGAAUAACUCUGAUUUCCUCCCCAGUCCAUCCAGUUUCUAUCCUGAAUGGGCGUUUGGCGGGCGCAAUGAUAGUAAUACGCUUCCAAGCCCGCUCAACUUUGCGACGCCGGUUGUGGGUACUGGACCGAGCUUUUUGAGAGAGGAUUCCGGGGAUCGUGCGCAGGGUGGGAAGAGGAAGACGCCGGAGGGGGAUGGAGGGAGUGAGGGGAGUGGUGGGGGAGAUAGUAAGAGGAUGAAGACUGAUUAG